AGGGUCUGCUACAGCCAAUCGCAGGCUGUUUUCCGCGGCUCUGCGAAGCUGUGAUGGCGCCGCUGAAGCUCUGCAUCCCAGGAGAGAGAUUGUGCAGCACUGAGGACGGCACUCCUGGUAAUGGCACAUACUCCAGACACGGAUAUAUUUUUGCAUCUUUAGCUGGCUAUGUGGUGAAGGAAAAUGACAAUGGAAUGGUGCCAGUCAUAUCGGUAGUUCGGGACUCAGAGCCUCAGCUCCUGCCAGAGGUUGGUGUUGUUGUAACAUGCAAGGUGACCAGUAUUAACCCUCGGUUUGUCAAAGUCCAUAUUUUAUACGUACGAUCCACUCCACUGAAAGGGACAUUUCGAGGAACCAUCAGAAGAGAAGAUAUUCGAGCAACAGAAAAGGACAAGAUAGAGGUUUACAAGUGCUUCAGGCCCGGUGAUAUUGUUUUAGCAAAAGUGAUUUCUCUAGGUGAUGCUCAGUCCAACUACCUGCUGACUACAGCAGAGAAUGAACUUGGUGUAGUAGUUGCACACAGUGAGGCAGGUGAGCAGAUGGUUCCCAUCAGCUGGUGUGAGAUGCAAUGCCCCAAAUCCCAUGGGAAAGAAUUCAGGAAAGUAGCUCGUGUUCAACCCGAAUUCCUUCACACCUGAGUCUUGUCACAAAGAACAGCAAGGGAAUAUUUCUAUACCCUUGAAAGAUGUUGCUUCUGUGAAGCUAGUUCGUACUGAAAUUAUUGUUUCACAGUCACUCCUGUGGUUGGAUGUAUCAAUGGCAGAACUAAAUUCAGUAGGACUUUGGAGCUAGAGUGAUUGCCUUUCCUUUUUUUCUGUUACUUACAGCCUGAGAUACUGAGUGACAUUACAGAUUUUACACUUUUUAAACAAAAUAAGUAUUUUUCUUCUAUUAAAGUUGAGAUUUGAACCAA